CAAGAAAAUGGCAAGCAACAGUUUGCCAUUUUAGUCUUUCUCCUUUUCUUUCAUGAUUAACUCAAGUUUUACAAGUUUUCAUGCCAAUCUUCAUCAUUAUCAUCAUUACCAUUCCUUACCUUUGAUCAAUCAAAAAACUCAUCUUUUCCCUUUCGCACUCACUUUUACAGUUAUUUUCUUAUUCUUCUUCCUAAUCAUCUGUUCUCUUCCUAUUUCAUUCACUUUCAAUAUUUCCUUUUCCAUUUUCAGGCAACAGAUUGAGACUUGCUUUCAUUGUCUCAUUGCAAUUUGCAACAAUUGGAAAUUCAUGGAACAAUUUGAAUGCAUUUUGGGCCAACAUCAAUCAAAAUGGAUUCCUAGAGUCUAAACAUUUUUAUGCUUUUCUUUACUGAUGUAAUAAAGACGUUUGCAUUGCAAUAAAAUACCAACAAUGAUAAGAGCACAUUAAAACACUUUUAGUCUCAUUUUUGUUUCAAUAUGAUGUUGGUUGAUUUAUAUUUUGCUUUGACAUUUUGCUCGUUUGCUUCGGCUUCAGUCUAUUUCAAUGAUCAUUUCAAUGUUAACUGUGAACUGAUUGAGUGUCCAAAAAUUAACAUUUGCAUUGAGCCACAGCAAGAGAUUGUGGACAACAUUUGGAUCGGUGGAUGUUGUCCUGGCUGUGUUUACAUUUCAGGUUUAAAUGAAAGUUGCAAUUCGUUUGAAUCUCGAUGUAGAAAUGGAUUAAUCUGUGAUGAAAGUGAAUUAAUUUGUGUUCAAAAUGGAACCACUUCAAAGUGCAUUCAACAGCGAGAAAAGGCCAUCAAUUUGAAUGGGAAAAGCUUCUGUUCAAACAGAGCAGGGAUUUUAGUAAAAACUGGAUUUCUAUUUGAAACCUCUGAAUAUCAACCUGAAUGUGAUUACGAGACUGGACAAUAUAAACCCAAACAAUGCAAAACAAGCAAAUGCUAUUGCGUUGAUCCUGAUUCGGGUGAAAAGACGUUUGGUACAGUGGAAUCAGUAAACGGUUCCAAUAUGACUUGUUCAUGCAGUGUCGCCUUGAGCCGUUACACGAGUGAUCCAGAUAAUUAUCUUGAUUAUCAAUCAUCAAGACAUUUACAUUGUUCCGAGAAUGGCAACUUUGCUUCACUCCAAUGUCAUGAUCAACUGUGCUUUUGUGCUGAUCCAUCAACGGGACAACAGGUUUCACCUUUGGUUCUUAUUGAUGCUGUUUCGAGUCUUUCUUGUUAUUAUGAUACUUACCAACGACAGGUUGAAGUUAAUUGUGAUGAGAAAGUUGAAUAUACCGAUGACGAUGGCAAUAAAAAGUUGAAGGAUUUAUGUUAUUGCAUUGACCAUGAUAGUGGACAAAAGUGGAAAAUGAUUAAGGCCGAUCUCAAAGUUUGCUUCGAUUACAUUGAGUCAUUGCACUUGAUUGGCGCCGAUUACAAUAAAAUGUGUGAACAACUGUUACAACCAUUGGCCAAUCUAACAAGCUUCUUGGGCCGUAAAGGAAUCGAUGCGAUUGGCUUGAACUCAAUGCAAUGUGAUUUGGAUGGUAAUUUUGUUCAUAGACAAUGCACAGAUUCAGAGUGUUCGUGUGUAAAUUCAGUCGGUGAAAAUGUUGCCAAUUAUCGCAUCGACAGAUAUGGCAAUGAUGAUCGGACAAUGAAAUGUGAUUGUGCCAUUCAAGAGUAUGAAAUAACAACUUUGGGUAAACCGUAUGAUAAACUGCUCUGUGAUUUAUAUGGAAACUUUAAGGCCAACCAAUGCUUUGAAUCGGGUUCAAGAUGUUUCUGUGUUGACUCUAAUGGUAAUCGCAUAUCCAAUGUUAUAUCAUCCAGUGUUAUUCCAUCCAGUUUGAGUUUGAGUGAAAUUUGCUCAACAAUGAGAGCCAUUUUGGAAGCUGAUGAACAAUCGAGUAAAUCAAGUUACACUUAUCAAGCUUGUUAACUGUUAGACUAGUCAAAUAAUCUUAAAUCCUGUUCGACCGAAGGAAAAGAUUAAAAUUUGAUUUCGUUUCUCUCUUCUUUUCGUCAUCAAGAUUAAAAAACACCAAUAACCAACAGA